CCGUUUCCUUAAUCAGAAAGUUGUCAGAAAACGACUCAAAUAAACGGAUACAUUUUUGGACGUAAAGGGAUUUCAUCGAUGAUCACUUCAUGAUGAGUUAUGCUGAAAAGCCAGAGGACAUAACACGGGAGGAGUGGAUGGAAAAGCUCAAUAAUGUUCACAUUCAGCGGGCAGACAUGAAUCGACUCAUUAUGAAUUAUUUGGUGACCGAGGGGUUUAAAGAGGCAGCUGAGAAAUUCAGGAUGGAAUCAGGCAUUGAGCCAAGUGUUGAUCUGGAUUCUUUGGAUGAGAGGAUAAAGAUUCGGGAGAUGGUCUUGAAAGGGCAGAUACAAGAGGCAAUUGCACUGAUCAACAGUCUUCACCCUGAGCUGCUGGACACUAACCGCUACCUGUACUUUCAUCUUCAGCAACAACACCUGAUCGAGCUGAUACGCCUGCGGGAAACCGAGGCUGCGCUGGAGUUUGCACAGACCCAGCUAGCUGAACAGGGAGAGGAAAGCCGAGAGUGUCUGACAGAGAUGGAGCGGACCCUCGCUCUCCUAGCGUUUGACAACCCAGAGGAGUCUCCCUUCGGUGACCUACUUAACAUGAUGCAGAGACAGAAGGUGUGGAGUGAAGUAAACCAGGCGGUGCUGGACUACGAAAACAGGGAGUCAACACCUAAACUUGCCAAACUCCUCAAACUGCUGCUGUGGGCUCAGAACGAGUUGGAUCAGAAGAAAGUAAAGUACCCCAAAAUGACGGAUCUCAGCAAAGGCACCAUCGAGGAUCCCAAGUGAACAUGAAACGGCAUCUCUAUGCUUGCAUACUGUGGGGAACAAAAUGGACGCUUUCCCUUUCCUUAACUAUUUAUACUCAAUGACUGACACUCAAACAUCCUUUUUAUCAUCCUU